AUGUUUGCAGAUCCUUGUUUGAUGAAGAAGCACGCACAACCGUUUCUACAUUUUGUAAAAGAUGAGUUUCUUAAUGCUAGCAUGUUUGAAAAAGUAAAGAGGAUUCAUGCAAGCUGUGCAUUCAAGGAGCAGCACACGGAUCUUUUCAGGUUUCUGCAGACGGACGAUCUGAAGAACCAGGAUGAUCUUGAAGAGUUCAGAGGCUGUGUGAUGGACUUGCUUGGCAGUGUAGUGGACACCAGCGGUGGCUGGAUCGAUCUUUUUGGAUCGUACUACAGAUCAGGGGAUUAUCUGCUGUGCCACGAUGAUCGGACUGAGCAUAGGAAGUAUGCAUUUGUGUAUUAUCUGCAGGACCAUGCAUCUGGAGGACUUGUUCUGUAUGAAAAUGAUGCGAUGAGUGUUUCGAAGAGAAUAGAUGUAAGAGCAAAUCGACUAGUAGUGUUUGAGGUAUCGGAGAUUUCAUUUCACGAGGUGGAGUAUUGUGAGGAGAAUGGUAGAAGAGCAUUUAGUGGCUGGCUAAGCUUUGCAGAUGUGAGUAUGAGCGAAGAGUAUCCUCUGGUGCGAAUGAAUGUUCCGAGCGAGCAGCAAGUAUUUGCAAUAGAGAUUGAUUUUGGAGAAAGCAUGGCUAUGUUCUAUCCAGGAAUGGAGUAUGACUUUAGAUGUGUGUCGAGGCAUGCCGAAGGGCCGUUCUACUCGCGUAGAGUUGAACGACUUGUGGUGCAGCAGAUGGUGGUGCCUGAAGUUGAUGGAUGGGUGUUGGUCGAUGCAGGCAUAUACCACUUCAGGAUAGGAGAUUACAUUCUGCUGAACGACCGGUGUAAUGCAAUCAGUGAUGAUGCAUACGACAUAUACUUCAUGGCGCUUGGCAAUGGCCAACCUGAAUGUGAACUUGAUAAUGAAGAAUGUGAUGGGCUUGGCAGGAAUGGAUCUGAUGAUGAGCAGGACGUGGACUUCAGCGAUCCAAGCAAUCCAAUAAAAUACUUGGACAGUGAAGGAAGAUAUGCAUAUGGCAUUCCAAUCAAGAACAAAAGCAUGUUUGCCAUCAAUCGCUGCGGAAACUCCAUGUUUGUGCAGCGAUCCACACAGGAGUUUCAUCUUGCUCAUUUCAUCUAUAGGCAGAAAAGCAUUGAAUAA